AUGAAGGAGGACGAGAUUUUGAACUCCUCGCCGGGGCUUAGUGACAAGAUCGAGGACCCUCCUUUCUAUGAACACAAGGAGAAGAGAGAUAGUGCACUUCAGGACCCACUCAACGACCUCGAAGGCCGUGGGCCCAAUAACCUCAAUGCCGUCUUCCAAAACCCCUUGGCUGGCAUCCCUCGAGAGCAGUUGUUCAAGAACGUCCAUGAAUUUUGCAGCAAAUUCGAUCUCCUAGAAGACCUCGAAACCUUUAAGAAAGGCGCUCUCGUCUCGCAAAAUCCCGAGACAGCAACACAAUUGCCUGACCUCAAUGAGUUUGAAAGGGAAGCACUUAUUCGAGAACAUACGCACAAAUGGCAUCAACCAUGGCAGCUAUACUGGCUUGCGAUUAUGUGUUCACUAGCUGCUGCUGUACAGGGAAUGGAUGAAACAGUCAACAAUGGCGCACAAGCUUUUUACCUCAAGCGAUUUGGAAUAGAGAACAGCGAUAAUCUUACGGGCCUUGUUGUUGGAGCCCCAUACCUAGCUUGUGCUAUCCUUGGCUGCUGGCUUACCGAGCCCCUCAACCGAUACUUCGCCCGUCGCGGUACCAUCUUCAUUUCCUGCCUCAUUGCAGCUAUUGCCUCCAUCUGGGAAGGCGUCGCGAACUCAUGGGUAAACCUGUUUAUUGCACGGUUUGUUCUUGGGCUAGGAAUUGGCUCGAAAUCGACAACAGUUCCCAUCUAUGCAGCUGAAUGUUCGCCCGCGCCCAUCCGGGGUGCCUUGGUUAUGAUGUGGCAGAUGUGGACAGCAUUCGGUAUCAUGCUGGGCAACAUCAUGGGAGUGGCAUUCAUGAGCGUUGGAAAUGACCUCAACUGGCGUCUGAUGCUUGGAUCUACUGUUGUUCUUCCUUUGAUUGUGUGUGCUCAGGUCUACGUGUGUCCUGAGUCCCCCAGAUGGCUCAUUCAGCAGAACAAGAUCCACAAGGCCUAUGUCAACUUCAAGAUUCUUCGUCCUACAGAGUUGCAGGCUGCAAGAGACUUGUACUACGCCUAUGUGGGUGUGGAGUUGGAGCGUGAGAUAAACAAGGGCAAGAACUUCUUCUCCAUGUUCUUGGAGCUUUUCACAGUCCCGCGGAACCGCCGUGCUACGUUGGCAAGCUGGAUUGUCAUGUUCAUGCAACAGUUCUGCGGUGUGAACGUGAUUGCUUACUAUUCCACCACCAUCUUCGUGGAUUCAGGCUACAGUACCUCAUCUGCACUGCUUGCAUCUAUGGGAACUGGUAUUCUCAACUGGGUCUUUGCUCUUCCAGCCGUGUUUACUAUCGAUACCUGGGGCCGUCGCAACCUUCUGCUCUUUACAUUCCCCUUCCUAGCCAUCUUCCUCUUCUGGGCAGGCUUCUCUUUUUGGAUCGAUGCCAAUGAUGGCCACAAACGAAUUGCUAUGGUGACCACGGGCAUGUAUUUGUUCGAGGUGUUUUAUUCACCAGGUGAAGGACCUGUUCCGUUUACCUACUCCGCUGAGGCAUUCCCUUUACAUGUACGAGAAGUGGGCAUGUCAUGGGCUACCGCUACAACUUGGUGCUUUAACUUUAUUUUGUCUUUUACCUGGCCACAUCUGUUGACCUCGUUCAAGCCUCAAGGAGCCUUCGGAUGGUAUGCUGGGUGGUGUAUUGUUGGGUGGUUCCUAGUUCUGCUUUUUGUCCCGGAAACCAAAGGUGAGACUCCAGUGCUUCUCUCGGCUUAUGGGUAUCUACUAAUGUAUUCUUGCUCAGCUCUCACUUUGGAAGAAUUGGAUCAGGUUUUCUCCGUGUCUACAAGGAAGCAUGCUGCGUACCAGAUUAGGAACACUAUCUGGCAUUUCCGGGUGUGGAUUCUUCGCCAGAAAUUGGAGCCUCUGCCCAAGUUUUACCAGGGCGCUGAGCAUCUUGCCGAAGUUGGUGACGCGGCAUCUAAGUAG